UUUUGUUGAAAAUGUACAGAAAGCUCAAUAUGGCGGCAACAAUUUUGGAGGAAUUUCUGUUAGCUGAUAACAUGGGCAAGGAUAUGACGUUUCAAGAAUUCCAAAGUUACUUUACAGAAAAGCUGAGACAUGAUGACAGUUUAAGGCAGUUUUACAAAGCCUUUCGUCGACACCACAAGAAAUUGCACAGUAUCACAAAGAAAAACAUCUACCAACAGUAUGGAGAAGAUGAGACUCCUGUAAACGGGGAAGAUACGAGGCUGAAGGAAAUUGAAGCAACUCUAAUAAACCUAGAUACUGUUAAACUAGACCUCCAGCUGGAGCUUUCUCAAGUGAACAAAGAUAUUCACGAGACAGAUGAACAAAUUGAAAAGUUUUGUGAAACUAUAAGACAGAGCAAUCCACCCAAUAUCUUGGUCACUGCAGAUAGGCAAGACACACUGCAGGCCUUAGAAGAAAUGCUGGACAAAGAUUAACUUGACAAAAGAAGAAAAUGGGACUCAUUUCACAAAGCACUAACUUAUUAUUUCUGAAAGAAUAUUUUGGGGGGUAAUGUUUGAUUUUUUUUGUGGCUUUUCAUUAGUAUAUUUAUCAUGGAGCAUGAUUAUACAGUGGAUAUUUGUGGAAGCUUUAUCAGUUAUUUCAGCACCUUUCAACAAAAUGUGAGUUUGAAACAAUAUAUAUAACUUUGAGAAGUACUUUUUAUAAAAAUGUUGAUAUAUGGACAAUAAAGUAAACAUACAAACAAAAGAUUAAACUAUUAUAUUUGAACUUAA